AAUCAGAGUGCAGCACAGCAUUAAUACUUCCGGUUCUGUGACGUGUGUCUGUAAAGUGUAAGUACUUCCAUGCCGAGGAGUGGACGUGUCCCUGUGAACUUUCUAUCAACCACCCAUGCAGCACUGCCUUACUCUGACCCUUGCCCGGCACAGCAGGCUCAUCUUAAGAAAUAAACUUCGAUCUGUUCACUGCCAUCAGUCAGCAGCCAUGUCGGGUCUCCUCAUCAACCAGCCCAAAUACGCCUGGCUGAAAGAGCUUGGCCUGUCAGAAGACAACCCUGGUGUUUACAACGGCAGCUGGGGAGGCAGCGGGGAGGUCAUCACAUCAUACUGCCCAGCCAACAAUGAGCCAAUUGCCAGAGUAACCCAGGCUACAUUGGCAGAAUAUGAAGAAACAGUCCAGAAGACAAAGGAGGCUUGGAAGAUAUGGGCAGAUAUUCCUGCUCCAAAAAGAGGAGAGAUUGUGAGGCAGAUUGGAGAUGCUCUCAGAAAGAAGAUCAAAGUUCUUGGCAGUCUGGUGUCUCUAGAAAUGGGCAAGAUCUUUGUUGAGGGAGUGGGGGAGGUUCAGGAAUAUGUUGAUGUGUGUGAUUAUGCAGUUGGUCUGUCAAGAAUGAUUGGCGGGCCUAUCCUGCCUUCAGAAAGACCAGGCCAUGCCCUCCUUGAGCAGUGGAACCCAGUUGGUCUUGUCGGCAUCAUCACUGCCUUUAACUUCCCUGUGGCUGUCUAUGGCUGGAACAAUGCCAUCGCUUUGACCUGCGGUAACGUCUGCCUCUGGAAAGGAGCACCCACCACACCUCUCACAAGUGUUGCAGUUUCAAGGAUCGUAGCUGAGGUGCUGGAGCAGAACAACCUUCCCGGUGCUAUCUGCUCCAUGACCUGCGGGGGUGCUGACAUCGGCACUGCCAUGGCGAAGGAUGAGCGUGUUGACCUGGUGUCCUUCACUGGCAGCACCCAUGUUGGCCAGAUGGUGGCCAUGACGGUUCAGGAAAGGUUCGGUCGUAAGCUGCUGGAGCUUGGUGGAAACAACGCUAUCAUCGUUUUUGAGGAUGCCGAUCUGAAUCUUGUGGUGCCCUCCGCCGUCUUUGCAUCCGUGGGAACCGCCGGCCAGCGCUGCACCACUACCAGAAGGCUGAUGCUGCACGAGAGUGUUCAUGACACAGUGGUGGAGAGGGUUGCAAAGGCAUACAAACAAGUCCGCAUUGGAGACCCCUGGGAUCCCACCACCAUGUACGGACCUCUGCACACCAAACAAGCCGUGGAUCAGUAUCUGGCAGCCGUUGAGCAGGCCAAGCAGCAGGGUGGCACUCUGGUCUGCGGGGGGAAGGUGAUGGACAGACCUGGAAACUACGUGGAGCCCACCAUCAUUACAGGACUGGCUCAUGACGCUCCCAUCGUCCAUACAGAAACCUUCGUCCCCAUACUGUACGUUCUCAAGUUCAAUGCAGAAGAGGAGGCAUUUGCCUGGAACAACGAGGUCAAGCAGGGCCUGUCUAGCAGCAUCUUCACCAAAGAUCUUGGUCGGAUUUUCCGCUGGCUGGGGCCCAAAGGAUCCGACUGUGGCAUCGUGAAUGUCAACAUUCCCACAAGUGGAGCUGAGAUUGGAGGAGCCUUUGGUGGUGAGAAACAUACAGGAGGUGGAAGAGAGUCUGGCAGCGACUCGUGGAAGCAGUACAUGAGGCGCUCCACGUGCACGAUAAACUACAGCAAGGAUCUUCCUCUGGCCCAGGGAAUCAAGUUUGAGUAAAGCUUUCUGGUGGAUGGUUUUAUAAAGAAUAUGAUCAGCCCAAAUAAAAACACUAAAUGCUUUAGUGUCAGCAAAUGCUAGAUAUUUGUCAUUGCAUUUUUGCGUUCAGUAAGGUCAGUUUGAAUCAAGACAGAAAUUAGAAUAUGUUUGCUCUGUCAAAUAUUCCUGUUGUGAAAACCAUCUGUAUAGAAGUUGCAUUUGAUAUUAAUUCUUGCUUCUGGGGUAUGGUUCUGAAAAUAAUUUUGUGUGAAAGGUCAAAUAUUUUUUUCGCUGUAAUGACUGCCAGCACUUUUCUACAGGCACUUAGAAAGGGGGUUUGAGCUCUAGCAGACAGGAACAGAUACUCCAUACUGUAUUAAAAUAAUCUUUCCUUUUUUUUGGAAAAGAAACUGAAGUGGACAUUAUUCAUGUAAAAAGACAAUCACUGUAGCAUACUUGGCAUUCAACACAGAUUCCUAUGAAUCAAUUCAUCAACUCUAACAAAAUCAAACCGUUCCCUUUUGUAUGUUUAAUGUAGCCACUACACUUUCAUUUCUUUUAUGACAUUGUUAUACUGGACUUUGAAUCUAGAGCAACCUUUAAGAAAGGGUCACACUGUACUUUCAUGACAAUAAAACCAUAAAUAAAGCAAUUCUUGUUGAUAUGAA